AUGGCGUCCUCAGGUUUACACCAGGUCCUGGUGGGGUUUAGUGACGGAGAACUCGACACAAAGCGACAUCAAACCACUUUUAUGACCAACAAAGUAGGCGGACUGCCCGACGUACCGUCGCUGCUGUCUCGACUCUUUCCUCGAUGCAGUCGCUGCGGCUCUGCGCUGGUUCACGUUGUCCAGGUUUAUUGUCCACUGGAAGGGUCUCCCUACCACCGGACCCUGCAUGUGUUCGCCUGUCAUGCAGAGGACUGCAGUGGUCGGUCCGAGUGCUGGAGGGUGCUUCGGUCUCAGUGUCUGGAAGCGGACAAUGCUCGACUCCCUACGCUGCCUCAGGAGCUGCUCCUGACGGGCACGGACUGGUGUGACUCAGCCGAUGACUGGGGAAUGGAGGAAGAGCACGGAGGCGAGGAGACCACAGCAAACGCGACGCAACAAGCUCCAAAUGAGACUCCAACUGGAUUUAAAGUAGAAGUCCCAAGUGAUGACAAGGAUAUGAGCAGUCAACUUGAAAAGCUCCAGCUUGGACCGUCUGAGGACAUCCCACCGUGCUUUCACCCCUACUUCAUCAGCGUUAUGGAGGAGACUGAUCUCUAUGGAGAGGAUCAGGACUUGGCUCAUGCUCAGAAAUUACUCAAGGAUUAUGAAAAACGAGAGGGCAUUUUAGUUGACGGCCUCGACAGUUGUGAAGAUGGUGGUGGACAGGAAAAAUAUGAGAAAACUCAAGUUCAACAUGAGCCACCUGCCAACUUGUCCCAAGUGAUCAGGACAUGCACUUCGUGUGGAGGCCCCAGGACAUUUGAAAUGCAGCUUAUGCCUGCUUUGGUCAGUCUCCUUCAGGGUGAAGGCUCUGAGAUUCAGCUGGAGUUCGGGACAGUUUUGGUGUACACAUGCCUCAAUAGCUGUUGGACCUCUGACGCAAAGAGGUUUGCGGAGGAGUUUUGUUUUGUUCAAAGCGAUCCAGAUCAGCAACUGUUUAAAUGA